CAACACAGAUCUUGCGCUGAUCGCGCUCGUGAAACAAACAAACCAAAAAAAAAAAAAAAAAAAAAAAAAGAAAACAACGGCCUUAGUGGGGGACACGGCUCUGCUUCACUUUUUGAGGACAGUACCACCAUGGAUGCCUUGCGAGCAGUCGCCUUUUCCACGCUCUUCAUUUUCCUGUGGAGUUUACCGUGUUGCCAGUCAGCUGCGCUUAAAUCGUCCAGAAGGAGCAAGGGUGCACGGAGCCCAUAUGAUGGACAAAGGUCACCCAAAAUUCUUAAAGAGAUUUUCGCAUCCUCCCCGGUUGCGAGUCGGCGGGAUGAUUAUUUAAAGGACCCGGUUGUGCCCCACGAUUACAUGAUAUCUAUAUACAGGACUUAUUCCGCCGCUGAAAAACUUGGGCUCAAUGCAAGUUUUUUCCGCUCUUCAAAGUCUGCAAACACCAUAACGAGUUUUGUAGACAGGGGAAAAGACGAUCUCAUGCUUUCUCCUUUGCGAAGACAAACGUUUCUGUUUGAUGUCUCAACUCUCUCCGACAAAGAGGAGCUGGUCGGUGCUGAGUUAAGGAUUUUCCGAAAAGCGCCUGGGGAUUUCCUACCGUUGCCAUCAGGCGUCUACCACCUUCAUUUGCUCUCAUGUCGAUCAGAGAGGCCACUGGGCUCCAGGUCCCUUGAUCUCCAGGAUUCCCGAAAACAAGAAUGGGAGGUUCUGGACGUAUGGGGGAUUUUUAAAAACAGGCAUCUUCACGCAGCCCAGGGGAAUCAGCUUUGUCUCCAGCUCAAGGUGACGCAUGGAAAAUCCGACACGGAAAUCGACCUUAAGCAACUGGGUUUCCACAGACACGGCCGAACGAUGCAGGAAAAGGCGAUAUUGGUGGUUUACACGCGGUCUAGGAAGAGGGAGAACUUGUUCAAUGAGAUGAAAGAGCAGAUCAAGUCUCGGGGAGAGCAACAGGAGGAGGAGAGCGGCCUGCAGUUUAAAGCGCGGCGCAGACGGAGAACUGCGCUCAAUGCGAAUCGUCACGGGAAAAGACAUGGCAAAAAGUCCAAAUCGAGAUGCAGCAAAAAGGCUUUGCAUGUCAAUUUCAAAGAGCUGGGCUGGGACGACUGGAUCAUCGCGCCCCUGGAUUACGAAGCCUACCACUGCGAGGGCGUGUGCGAUUUCCCGUUGAGGUCGCACCUGGAGCCGACCAACCAUGCCAUCAUACAAACGCUCAUGAACUCCAUGGACCCGAACAGCACACCGCCGAGCUGUUGCGUUCCCACAAAACUCAGCCCCAUCAGUAUACUGUAUAUAGACUCUGGUAACAAUGUCGUGUACAAACAGUACGAGGACAUGGUGGUCGAACAGUGUGGAUGUAGGUAGCGAAUCACACAAACAAGACUUUGGCACAAAGGCAAGAAAAACUUGAAGUGAGGCUUAAUGAAACUGACCAGGAAGAAUCAAAACAAAAAGACGCGUUUUGCCACAUUCUUACCUAUGCAAAGGGGAUUGUCCAUUCUUCCAGACAUUUCUGACUAUUUAAAUUAUCUCCAAAUUAUCAGUUACAAAUAGGCCACCAUUCAUAUUUGUUGCAACCGGGCAUGCAUAGUUUCUUUAAUCAUUGGGGGAAAAAUAAUAUUUCGUUACACAUAUAAAUAUAAAUGUGUGUGUGUGUGUGUGUGUAUGUAUAUAUAUAUAUAUAUAUAUAUAUAUAUAUAUAUAU